AUGUCCGUCGACCUCGAGAAGAAGCCUGCCACGCCGCCUCCGCACGAGAAACAGGUUGCCCAAGACGUCGACGGCGAGCGGGACGUCGUUGCCACGUAUGACAGCCCCUUCGAUCUGCCGGUAUGGCGGAAAUGGGUCAUGACCACACUCCUGGCGCUGAUGACCACGGCCGUCACCUUUGCGAGCUCGGUCUGGUCGGCCACCAUCGCCGUGACGUCCAAGGAGUUCAAUGUCAGUGAAACGGUGUCCCUCUUGGGCGUGUCGCUGUAUGUCUUGGGAUUUGCUGUUGGUCCCAUUGUUUGGGGUACGUACGCCGCUCUGCAGUCCAUUGAGGAUAUCUUCUCGAUAUUUCUCCCCGAGUCAUUCGCGCUGGAUGCUGACCUGACGGUGUGGUUGUGUAAAGGUCCCCUGUCCGAAUUUAAAGGCCGUCGGUUACCACUCUUUUCAGCUUUCUUCGUGUGGACACUCCUCCAAGUACCGAUCGGGGUGGUCAACAAUCUGCCUGCACUUCUUGUAUGUCGCCUGUUAGCCGGCUGCUUUGGGGCGUCGCCUCAGGUCCUGGUCGGUGCCACCUUCGCAGAUUUCUGGGAGCCGGCGGAGCGUGGCGUCGCUACCGCUGUCUACUCGUCCGCGGUCUACGUUGGGCCUACGCUGGGCCCCAUCUUUGGAGCCCUGAUCACCGAAAGCAGCCUCGGUUGGCACUGGACGGGCUGGAUUUCCCUCAUCCUGGGCGUCGUGGUUGGAGUUCCGGCAUUCCUCUUCGUCCCCGAGACGUAUGGGCCGAUCCUCCAGCAGAGAGCAAACAAGAAACUCCACUUGGCACGGGGCCCGUCGGCGUUGGCCGACCAAAACGUCAAGCAACCUCCAGCCUUUUCGGAAUUUGUCCACAGGUAUAUGUUCAAGCCGGCGGUCAUGUUCUGCGUCGAACCGAUGCUCAUGGUCAUGGCGUUGUAUAUUGCCAUCGUCUACGGAAUCCUCUAUCUGACCUUCUUCGCGUUUCCCUACAGCUUCGUCCAGGUCCGAGGCUGGGAUCCUCGUGUCGGGACUCUCCCAUUUUUGAGCAUCCUGACCAGUGUGAUCGUAUCUUCGGUCGGGGUGGCCGUAUAUUCGACAAAAUAUUAUCGUCCCCGGCUCCGGGCCCGGGGCUCAGUCUUGCCUGAGGACCGUUUGCCGUUGGUCAUGCUGGGCAGCCUCAUUUUGCCCGUUGGGCUCUUUUUCUUCGCCUGGACGUCGUCCCGGCACAUCUCGCCGGUGCCGCAAAUCAUCGCCGGGUUUUUCAUCGGCAGCGGCAUCAUGCUCAUUUUCACCAACGCCGUGGCCUUUCUGGUGGACAUCUACCUUCAGUCAGCCGCCAGUGCGAUGGCGGCCAGCACGAUCGUGAGGAGUCUGGUGGCGGCUGGUUUUCCGUUGGCGGCGCCUCGCAUGUACAAAUCUUUGGGUGUUGCAUGGGCUACGAGCGUUUUGGGUUUCCUGUGCACGUUGGCCAUCCCGGCGCCGUUUCUCUUCUACAGAUAUGGGCGGAGACUGCGGCAGAUGUCGCGGUUUGCUCCGACGCCAGACUAA